AUGGCUCCCACUGAGCUCAAAAUCAAAGGAAAGACAUGUUUCUCGCAUUUGUCCUCAAUCGAUACCGACGAAGACCUCUCAAAGACUUGGCGUCUCAUGACCAAAGUGAAAGACGCCCUUGAGUAUGGUCGCCGAUUGGAAAACUUGUCCUGGAGAUUAUGGUUCAUGCAUCACCUCAUAGUCUACGACCAGAAAAGAAGCAAAAAGUGCUUUAGAAAAUUAUCUACCGCUACAACAAAAAAGCUGGAAACGGAAAAAUCCACUGCUCUAGACAUGUUGGAUACUCCAAACUUCAAGUCAAAGUCCUCCGAUAGCAGUUUUCUCGAGAAAAAGGGUAAGAAAAAGGCCAGAAAGCAUGGCUCUAAUGCUGCUAAGCGUCCCGACGCAAAGAAACCGAAAUAUGCCUCGAGACAGUGUUCGAUGCCAUCUUCCGAGACGUUUGUGAAAAUGGACACCUCUCAAAUGGACAUUGAUGACAAGGGAGCUUUGUCCGUUCAAAUCCCCUCGUCUGCUUCUACUGAAUCUCUGACAAUGAGCCCUACCCAUAAUGAUAUGGUCAUGAUUCAAGGUUCUCCCGAAAGCACAAGUACAAUAUCUACCAAUGAUGACCCGAACGACAUGCAACUGACCGAGCCGGUCGGUUUGAACGAUAUUUACACCGUAUUUAACGAGGAUUUCUUGCGUGGCUCUUUCACCGACGAACAUGCAUUUGUUCUUCAUCGGUAUACAACCGACCAGGAGGAAACCCAAUCGGUUAUUCUUCAGGAUAGCUACGUGGGCUACGGAUCGGAUUUCCAUUCCGACCUACCUAGCAUUGGCGUCUCUUUAAACCAACUUCUCCGCUCCGUCUACAAUAACUAUUCUUCUGAUUCCUCCGAACCCACCUCGCCGUCUGAAAUGGAUUUGAUCAAUAGUCAAGGAUACGUCCAGUCGGACGCUCAGACGAAUCCAGGACUUCAAUAUCAUCACCACCUCACCGAACAAAUGGUGGCCAGCCCGUCUAAUGCUGUCUAUGUACCCCGUUCGACGUCUACGCCGACAAUUGACACGGAUUUAGCAAACAAUCUGAUGAACGUUUUGGGGACUCCCAUGAAUACGCCAGUGACUGAUAUACCAAGCCUUGGUAGUGGGAUGAUGUACAUGAACCAAUAUCAAUCGGAGCAGUCGACUGUACAGCCAAUAUCAAUAUCGCAGAGACAGACGAAUUCGACUGGGAAUAAUCAGGCGUCCGCUCGGCAGAAUCCAGAAAAUAGAGUAAAGAAAGCCCAUUCGGGCGGUGAACAACAGUGUUUCAAUUGCGGUGUUACGUCUACACCGCUUUGGCGACGAUCAGCAAAUGACGAGCUACUAUGCAAUGCGUGUGGUUUAUACUUGAAGCUUCACAAAAUGGACCGGCCGAAAACUAUGAAGCCUCACAUAGUUCGAAAGGAUGCUAGGGAUGACGAGGCAUCUCAACCCGUUUGCACAAAUUGUGGCACAAUGACAACACCUUUAUGGCGUCGAGAUGAAGAAGGACAAACACUGUGCAAUGCAUGUGGCUUGUAUUUCAAGUUACAUCACGAAAAAAGACCCCUGUCCAUGAAAACGGACAUCAUAAAGAAACGGCAACGGUACGAAAACGGACAAAACCCCAAUCGGCGGACAGCCAAGAAACAACGGGACAGCAUAACGCAACAAGUGUCGUCGCCACGGUCGACAUCGCCGACAGAGGCGCAAACACAAACAAUAUAUCCUUCAAUUGGAGUGACUACUUCACCGAAUCCUUCUCCAAUUGGGAUAACUACUUCACCGAAUCCUUCUUCGGCACGGACAUCUACGUCAUCCAUGAACGUCGCCAGUAAAGUAUCGCCAAUAAGUGCGACAAGUAUUUAA